AUGUCUCCCUUCAACGCCGAAUGGUAUACUACAAAAUGCUUGCCAGAAGACACUGUGAUUGUUCACUACGUAUUUACUACCUUUAUAUUGUUCAUUAUCAACAUUCAAUUCAUAAUUCAGUUUAAUAGUGUUGAUGGGAUAUUGAUACUGGCAUUUAUGUGGACAGUAAAGAAUACAUUUUUACUGACAUUAACAAGUAUGGCCUGUGAAGAUAUGCACAUUUCAUUAAAAAAUGUUCAAGUCGCGUGCAUAAUGGCCCUGCAUAAUGGGAGCAAUCCAGAAUUCCUACAUGAAGCGAGUAAACAAUUGCAUCAAAUGGGAUGCCAGAAGUUCCAACCUCUAAACGCUUUAGGGUUGUUUACAGUGAACGCUGCUCUACUCCCGAACAUGCUAUCCGCUCUAGCCACUUACACCGUGAUUCUGCUGCAACUCAAUUUCUUG